AUAAUUCUCCCAUUUCAGAGAAAUAAAAUCCCCCCUUAUUCUAUUAAGCCUAUAAGCUACCUUAAAAUCCUUCUUGAAUCAAAUGGAUCUUAACAAGAUCAAGAAGAUUCAAGCCAUGAAUAGGUACAAGAAGCUCCAAUUCCUAGAAAAUUUAUAUUUCUAUUCUUUAAUAGCUUUAAUAUGUUGCAUGUUCUGUUGUGUGACAUUUUGUCUACCCUAUCUAUCUUCAAUCUUGAUUUACAUGUCAAGUUUAAUACCACUUGUUUUGAGUUCAAAGCUCUUAUUCAUCAUAUGCAACCUCAUAAUUUUUGUCCUUAUGAUAAACUCCAAAAUCCUUUCUUCAGAUCAUUUAUCUUCAAAUUCUCAUGUUUAUUAUGAUGAAUAUAUUCAAACUACAAAGCCUCAGUUUCAAAGUCCUCAUGAAGUCAACCAAGAUGAAAAAAUAUUUAAGAACCAAUUUAAGUCAACGAACAUAGUUGACUUAAAGAGAAGAGUGUGGAUUAAGGAAACUAGUACAAAAACAUGGGAAGAAAAAGAAGAGGUUGAUUUUGAUGAAGGUGACAAAGAAAGUAAUUUGGUUGGUUGUUCUGAUGAAUUGGUCAAAAGGGCUGAUGAUUUCAUUGCAAGAGUAAAUAGGCAUAGGAUGUUUGAACUUAGUCUUAUGCAAAAUGGUAGUUACUAGACUAUAUACUAGUUGUAAAGGGUGCAAGAGUUUUCCAUUUAUCAUGAUUCUGUGUGACACAAGUUAAUUAGCAGAGUCGAUUGCUUGGAAAAAAAUUUAAAGAAACCAUUAAUAAAAGAUUAAUGGCUUUCUUGUUAACAAGUUUUGAUCAAAAUCCAAUCUUUGUCCUAUUUUUUUACUAAUAACAUUUCGAUUGGAUAACUAGACAUUAACAUA